AUGAGACUCGUUCCACGCGAAUUAGACAAGUUAGUCCUCCACCAAGUAGGCUUUCUAGCUCAGAAACGCCUUGCACGUGGUCUGAAACUUAAUCAUACCGAAGCGACAGCACUCAUUGCCUCACAACUUCUCGAAUUCAUCCGUGAUGGCACUUAUUCGGUUGCUGAUCUGAUGAACAUUGGAAAAAAGAUGCUUGGACGACGACACGUAUUAUCGGGUGUAGUGGAUACGUUGGCAGAAGUGCAAGUAGAAGGCACAUUUUCAGAUGGAACUUAUUUGGUGACCGUGCAUGAUCCUAUUUGUACAGAUGAUGGGGAUUUGCAAUCGGCGCUGUACGGAAGCUUUCUUCCCGUGCCUAAUAACGAUACGUUUACGUUGGAGGAUGGAAAGGGUGAUAAAUAUGGCCCUGGUGCAUACUCGAUUAGGCCGGGGAUGAUUGUUCUGAAUGAGGGAAGAGAGAGAAUUGGGGUUAGAGUAACUAAUAACGGUGACAGACCUGUUCAGGUGGGCUCCCAUUACCACUUUAUUGAAACCAAUCGAGCUCUCUCAUUUGAUCGUUCUUUAGCUUAUGGCAGACGCCUUGACGUGCCCGCGGGUACUGCCAUUCGCUUUGAGCCGGGUGAGAGCAAGACAGUUUCUCUCGUCUCCAUCGCUGGGAAAAAACGCAUCACCGGUGGCAACGGCAUUGCUUCUGGUUACGUCAAUUCAAGCAAAGUUACUCAGAUAGUCGAUGAAUUAGUUAAGAAAGGCUUUUCUCACACUGUCCAGUCCGAGGGAUCGUUACGAGUCUAUCCGUACACGAUGGAAAGGAAAGUGUAUGCUGACUUUUAUGGACCUACCACCGGGGAUAGAAUCAGAUUGGGAAAUACCGAUUUGUGGUUAGAGAUUGAAAAGGAUUAUACGAUAUACGGAGACGAAUGCAAGUUUGGCGGGGGGAAAGUGCUAAGAGAAGGAAUGGGACAGGCAACGGGAGUUGGAGAUGAUGCCGCGUUGGAUUUGGUUAUAACCAAUGCUAUCAUAGUAGACUAUACUGGAAUCUAUAAGGCUGACAUUGGAAUAAAGAACGGAAUUAUAGUUGGAAUCGGUAAAGCAGGGAACCCGGACGUGAUGGACGGAGUUACUCCCGGAAUGAUUGUUGGUCCGACUACCGAAGCGCUUGCAGGAGAGAAACAUAUAUUCACUGCUGGAGCUCUAGAUGUACACGUUCAUUUCAUAUGUCCACAGCUACUUACAGAGGCACUGUCAUCAGGUAUAACUACUCUCAUAGGAGGAGGCACGGGUCCCAACACAGGCACGAACGCGACUACCUGCACACCUGGUUCUCAUCACAUUAAAAUGAUGCUUUCUUCCACCGACGACUAUCCUCUCAACUUUGGCUUUACCGGCAAAGGCAACUCAUCUUCUCCUGAAGGGCUCAAGGAACAGAUUAUCGCUGGCGCAAUGGGACUGAAACUCCACGAAGACUGGGGAACGACUCCGUCCGCCAUCGACACAUGUUUAUCUAUCGGUGAUGAGUAUGAUAUACAAGUCAAUAUUCACACGGACACGCUAAAUGAGUCUGGGUUUGUUGAAGAUUCGAUUGGCGCGUUCAAGGAUCGUACCAUCCAUGCGUAUCAUACAGAAGGAGCGGGAGGUGGACACGCGCCUGAUAUCAUCCGUGUAUGUGGAGAGCCAAACGUUAUUCCAUCUUCCACUAAUCCGACUCGACCUUAUACUUCGAAUACUCUCGAUGAGCACGUUGACAUGUUGAUGGUAUGUCACCAUUUGGACAAGAACAUUCCAGAGGACGUCGCAUUCGCCGAGUCUCGUAUUAGAGCAGAGACUAUUGCUGCUGAAGAUGUAUUGCAUGAUAUCGGGGCUAUUAGUAUCAUUAGUUCGGAUUCGCAAGCCAUGGGAAGAAUAGGAGAGGUUGUGCUUCGAACAUGGAAGACUGCGCACAAAAUGAAAGUACAGAGGGGAAAAUUGGGAACCGACGAAGAUGGACCUGCGGACAACUUUAGAAUCAGAAGAUAUGUUGCCAAGUAUACAAUCAAUCCUGCAAUUGUGUGUGGUGUAAGUCACUUAAUCGGUUCGAUCGAAGUUGGUAAAGUAGCAGACCUGGUCAUGUUCACUCCAGCAUUCUUUGGCACUAAGCCAGAAUUAGUCAUCAAAUCGGGCGUUAUUGUUUGGGGUAACAUGGGUGAUGCCAACGCAUCUAUUCCUACCACGCAACCAAUUAUAGGACGUCCUAUGUUUGGUGCUAAUGCUGGUGCAGCUUCCAAGAACUCGCUUGCGUUCGUAAGCAAAGCAUCCGUUGAGCGAGGUGUAGUUGAAAAAUAUGGCUUGAAAAAGAGAGUCGAGGCUGUUAAUAAGUGCAGGAGUAUUGGAAAGAAGGACAUGAAAUUGAACGAUGCAUUGCCCAAAAUAGAAGUAGACCCGGAAACGUAUGCAGUCAGCGUAGACGGAGAACUGUGUGAUUGUGAGCCUAUGGGCAAGUUGCCUUUGACUCAGAGUGUCUAUUUGUUCUAA